CUCUUAUAACUGCAGGACUUUAAAACCCGGAAAUGUUCUGUGCCUCUAGAAUGCUUUGUGGGAGUUAUCCUACAAACAACCCCCCUCAGGGUAGCAGAAUUUCAGUGUUUAGGGUUAUAGUUGGGAGUGGGCUUCUGAACGCAUAUUAAAAUUAAACUGUAAUAUUGGUAUAUCUAGUUGGCAGUGGGCUUCGUAAUGUUUACGCGUAUGAAUGGGGAGGGGCCUGCAGAAUAUGGCUCGUGCUCUCCACCCUUGAAUAUUCAAUUCCGUAUGAGUUGCACACCACUGGAUUCCUGCGCCAAAUUAAUUUAAAUAUGUUUUCUAAAAAUCAAGAAACCGGCAAGUAGUAAGCAGCGUUAGAGCUCAUUCCUUUGCAGUAGAUCCAUAAUCCUGCAUUGCUGAUUUAGUAUUUACUUUACUGGUGGAUGAUUUACAAUUGGCAGAAUCAGCAGCUGUGGCAAAUGACACUUUCAUAGUGUGAAGUAUUUUGGAUUAAAGAAUUUGACACGCAAAGGUUAAAUGAGCACGGAAUUUCUGCUCUAUAAAACAAUACAUCGAAUAGUUGCUUUUCUCGCUAUUUUACAUAUACAUUUAUUUUUUUUCCCCGACCUAUUUUGCUGGAUAUUUUUGCUCUCUCCCCCCAUUAGUCUAAUUUUCUUGUUACUACUGUAUUUUCUUAACUGCUUACAGUAGUUUUUAUUUGUAUAACCUGUGGUGUUGGUUCUCUAACUCAACACAGGGUGUCGCUGUUAACACUAUUUCUGUUCAAUGCUGUUUUCCUGUUUCCUGCUUCCUCUGUGGCUCAGACAGCGCUAUAUGAAGUCCAGCUAUACAAGUUUCUACAUUUAAUUAUGGCAUCAAUUCCUUCUUCACUGGGGCUCCUCUCAGGAUAUACUUCCUCUGGGUCAGAUGACGAGGAAGAAACAGUCCAGAAAGCAGUUUGUACUCCUACAUCAUCAGCAAAUUGGUCUAAAAACCCUCACCCCAGCCGAGAAGAAGAGGCAUCUGUUGGGAAAAAAGAAAAAACGGAAAAAAAAUGUAUGCAAGUAAAGUUCUCAGAUUCCUCUGUCCGUCUCCCUGCCCCUGUCUUGGGAUCCCAAAACACCAGUGGCUUUGGUGGGGUCUUUUCAAACCCAUUUCACGAGGAGGAACAAGCACAGCUGAGCAUACUGGAGAGGCAUGUAAAGCUAAGUGACAGCAACUGGGCAUUAGGUAGAAGUGCCUGCUUAUCCUACCAAAAGGAUGGUCGAUGCCGUUAUGGAACAAGAUGCAAAUACAACCAUGGUAGUGACUUACCCCAGGGAAAUGAAAGAGUAGUGGUGGAAGAGCUAGGUAAAAACUCUUUAUUAAAUGAAACACCUGGAACCAUUCAUUUGGACACUUGUAUGGAGGGAAGUAAACGAAAGAAGGAAGUGCAUGAUAUAGACGAAACAGAGCAGAGUCAGAAGGAGAAGAAGAAAAAGGUUGGACUUUCUAACACUCUAAUUCCUCCAAAAAAAUAUCUGAAAAACUACAAAACACACGUAGCAAAUGAAAGACCCUGGGCCUUGUAAAUUACAUUACUUUAUCCUCCCCAGAAAGGUAUACAAUACUACCAUACACCAUUUAAUAAAUACUCUGGGUUGAUAGGGAUCACUAGAUCCAAUAUAAUGGCUUAAUUUGUGGUUGGGGGGUUCAACAUAUGUUUUAUGUUGUGACAUAAAAUUAAUUGUGCCCCGCAUUUACAGUUGUUUACAUUAACUGUGCUAUCAGUUUUAUUGCUCUAAUCAAUAUCUGAGUCACAUAAACUUUGUCUGUCCCUAAGGAAGGCCCGUUUAUGUGACCCGAACACUUCAACUUAAUAAACCACUAUUUGCCAUUUUGUGAAAAA